UCACACCCCCUGCCCCCUCAUGCCAUCCGCUCCCCCCGCCCCUACCCUCCGCGUGCCCGCUCCCUUGCCGCCUCUUUUGACCCUCCCUGCCCCCCCCUCGCCGUUUCCCACCGCCCCGCCAUUCGCUCCUCCCCGCCCGUGCCGCUCCCCUCCGUUUACCUUCUCCUCCCCCCCUCCCCUCCUCUGCUGCAAGCCUCUUCCUUCCCCUCGCCGACCCACUCCACUCCCUGCCCCUCCUCAAUCCGCACCCUGCCCCUCGUAUCUCGCCCCCCUAUGCUUGGUUUCUCCCCUCCCUGCCCCUCGCCGCCUUUCUCCGCUCCCCACCUCCCCCCUCUCCCUGCCCCCCCACUCUCCCCCCCCUUGCCCUUGGCUUCCUACCUCCCUGCCCACCUUUCCCCCUCCGUGUGCUCAGCUUCUCCCCUCCCUGCCCCUCCCCUCCUCCUCGCCCUGCCCCUCGUUUUCCGCCCCCCCCACGCCCGGUUUUCUCCCUCCCCGCGCCUCCCUUUCUUUCUCCGUGCCUCUCCUUUGCUCCCUCCCUGCCCCCGCCUGCCCAUGCCCUGUCUUUGGCUUCUCCCCUCCCUGCCCCACCUGGCCCAGCCCCUGCCCGUUGCUGCCCCUCCCCUUGCCCCCUCAACUCCCCUGCCCCCUGUACACCCCAGUCCCAUCCAACCGCCCCCACCCUCCCCCGGCUGCCCGUUUCCGCUCUCCACCCCCGCGACCCGUGUGCGGCUUCCAACCGCCCAACGGUGGUGCGCACGGGGCGUUUUCUUCGCACUGGGCAAGCCUCCCCGGGGGCCCCCCCACCCCGCUGGGUCGUUCCGUACUUCCCCCUCCAGCCUCCCUUUCCCCCCCAGCUACUUCCGCAUCCAGCGUGGGCUGCACCUCUGCAUCCCGCCCUGCCAGGCCCUUCGCCACCUACCCCAGCCUCCCUCUACCUCUCCUAACUCCACACCGCCGUUCCUACCCCCAGCCAAGGUCUACACCCCUUGCUUUUGCUCCCUGGGCUGUGCCGUCCCCAACCUCCCUCCGCCUUUCCGCGGCACCAGACCGCCUCUCCCUCCCCCAGCCAACCUUUGCACCCCCUGUUCCUGCCCCUUGUGCCCUCCAACACCCUACCUCAACCCCCCCCAGUCUCCCCCUUCUCCAACACCCUCCAUAUUUCCUCCCCCCUGGGGCUCGCCCAUCCGCAGUUAUCACCCUUCAUCGAUUCCCCAAUUCCCUCUGUCCCCUGUUUCCCGGCCCCGCAUCCUAUUCUGCAUUUACCACAGCGCCUCCUUUCGGUGCCCUCUCUGCCCUCCCACGUUCUCACCCCCCGCCUCCCAACCUUCUCAUUACCCGCUACCAGGCUCACGCCAACUCGACUACCCACUACCCUUUGCCCCUUCCUCUCUGUUCCCCACCCUUCCUUUCCCACUUGGCUCCACCUGCCCACCCCCACCUCCCGUGGAAUUCUGCCCUGCCCUCCCCACCUCCGGCCCACCACCUGUCCCCACACCCUGCUCACCCACCGCUACAUCACCCCCGCCCCCCCCACCUCCACUACAGCCCGCCAACACUUCCCCUCUCAACCGGCCCCCAGCCCGCCCCCCCCCUUGGGCCCCAAUCCCCUCCAACUGUCAGGCCCCCUCUACCCUCUCUUCCACCCACUGCGCACCGCUUUCCCCACCCUUUUCCCCUUUCCCCAAGCUAACCCCCCGCACCCCGGCCUCUGCCAGGGAAGCCAGGGGGGAACUUGCAGCUGACACUGCACGGGAAGGGGUAAGUGAGUUUGUGUGUGAAGGAGCAGCAGAGGCUGCAGAGGAUGGGGCAGCAAAGGCUGCACGGGAAGGGGCAAUGGGGGUUGUGGGGGAAGGGGCAGCAGAGGCUGCAGAGGAAAGGGCAGCAGAGGCUGCAAGGGAAGGGGCAGCAGCGGCUGCACGGGAAAGGGCGGCAGGGGCUGCACGGGAAGGGGCGGCAGGGACCGUGACUCUGGCCAGGCAAAGGGCAGAGGCCAUGGAGACAGGUUUUGCAGGAGUAGGGGCCACGGAACCUGCUGCUGUGUCGGCUGGGGGAACCGCAGCAGAGGAGGCUAUAGGGACCGCACCAGAGUGGGAGAAGGGGACAGCAGUGGCCUCAAAGGCAGAAGGUGAGGCUGCAGCUGAAGCAGCAGGGAGGGCCAUAGCACGGCCAGUAGGGGCGGCAGGGGCCGCAGCAAACGCGGGGAAACACACAGCAGGGCCGGCAGGGCCGGCAGAGACUGCAAAAGGGGCUAGCAGUAAAGCGGCAGCAGGCGGGGUGGGCUCGGGGGACAUAGGGGCAACAGGGGAAGGAGAGGUGAGUGUGGUCCCGACCGGGGUGGGCACUGAAGAGGGGGAUGUGAUAGCGAUAGAGGAGGAUGAGGGAGAGGAUGUGAUGCACAUUGACGGGCCACUGGCCCAAUACCUCACGCUUGACGGUGAGGCCGACCCGGCCCCCCUGCAGCCUCACGUCGAGGUUCCCCCUCUACCCCCCAUGCCCGUCCCCAUGCUAGCAGAAGGACCGAUGGAGGGGCUGGGGGAGACCUUGAGGACAGAGCCGCGCGAGGGAGCCCCCAUCCUCACCUCCCGUCCUCCAGCCCACCCACCCCCAGGAGCACCACUUCCCCACCCCCACCCUCAGGUCCCGGUAGUGUCCAGGGGGGCAGCCAAGGCCCUGGCCUUCUUGGCGGAGCCGUGCUCCCCGACCCCCACGCUGCUCCAUGGCCAGCCCCCCUCUCCGUCCCCAACGCCUGACCCCACGGUUGCAGGCGGUCCACCGGGAGAGCACGCGGCACACCUCUGCCCCCACCCUCAGGGGCUCCUUAGAGCACCACGUGGAGCAGCCAGGGCUCUGGUCUUCCUAGAGGAGCCAUGCUCCCCGACUCCUACCAACACCCAGCCACCCCCUACCGGCCCACUACCCCCUCCUCCACCAGGCCCCCCCCCACCCGGUAGUACACACAUCUCGGAGGUUGAAGCAUCUCUGCGGCCAAAUCCCUCUCCCACACGCUACAGGCACCCAAACCACCCGAGUCGCCGCACAGCCCCAACACGCCCACCCAACAGGCUGCCCUCCCCACACCACCCCCCCCAGGCAGCCGAGACCCACCCGCAAGGGCUUGCGCCCCAGGCUCAUGGGAGCGGCGGCACCCGGGUAGAGGGGCCCACAGGAGAGGCCACCACAGGGCCCACACAAAUCUCUCUCCCCCCACCGUUUGUACCUCGCUCUAACCUCCACACUGGCCCAGCCCCUCGACCCCCACCUCCAACCCCCUCUCCCGGCCGGGUUCCCCACGAGUGGCCCCGUUGGGCAGCCAUCACCCCCCACACACAGCUUGCCCGAUCUGUUCCCACGGAGGGGGAUGUUUCGAGGAGAGAGGGGAUGCACACAGAGCACCCCCCGCCUGGCGAACCACCCAUCCUCCCUCCACCCACCCCUUUGGCCCCACAGCCCCCCCUUCCUUCACAAACAGGCGCGGACAACCAGGUGGCGGCGGCCGCGAUCGCUACUGGGAGGGAGGCCGUCGGGUUGAGGGAUGCGCCCAUGGCAGACGCCACCGACUCCCCCUCCCAUCCCUCCCACCCCUUCCAUGUCGACGACCCCCUACCGCAACCCAUGGUGAUUGGGGAGGGCCAAGGGGGCCUUCUAGGGCAGGGUCCACACCCGAGCUCCGCUCAGCCAGCACGCCCCACUCCACCCUCUACCCUGCCAGCCCUCCUACUCUCACCUACAGGCAGGCAGGUCUUCGAGACCCCAGAGGAGGUGAGGGCUGGCAUUUCAGAUUUGCUGGCGAUACACCGCCUGAGCAGCUCUCCGGCUGCCCCCACCCUUCCAGUCCCACAGGACCGGACCCGGACGUAUGCGGAGGUCACCCGGUCUGUCCCUUCUUUUAUCCCCCCCGCCACUCAGCUAGGCGCGUCACUCCCGACCCCAAUGGAGACGGACCGGGUUCUGAGGCCGUGUCACUCGCACCUAGACGGGGUGGCGCCUCCCCCCGUUCAGCCCGUGGCGCAGGAGGUCACCAGCAGUAGGGAUGAGGCAUCCGCCCCUACCGAGACCCCUCCGCCUGGGGUAGCAGAGCCGUCACUUGAACCGCACCCCGCCGAGGGGCAGGAGCACACCACGGCACACACUUCAGGCUCACCUCCACGUCCCCCCUCCCCAGCUUCGACACCGGUACCGGCACGAGGCCCGGCCCUAUCCUGUGCGACACCACCUCUAUCUUCGCUGACACCCCCCCCGCGCGGGGCUGGUGAGCCGUCUCCUCCCCUCAUCCCAGGCGAUCCUCUCGGAGCUCAGGCCGCCCACGGGGUCCCCUCUACAGCCAGUUCCGACGCCACGGCCCCGAUUGACCCCGCCGACACGGCGACAUCACCCGACCAGGUCGUGAGUUGCCCCACCUGCAGGAGCUCUCUCGCGAACCGACGCGCGCUCCAGCACCACAUUCCCUUCUGCCAUCCUGCGGACGCGGCUCGCAGGGCGCAGGCUGCCCAUGAUACCGCCUCGAUCAUCCCUUCCCUCUCACAGCCCCGUGCGACCGGGAUGCAGUUCACCGACGCACAGUGGCAGACGCUCGACUCGGUGGACUGGACAGAGUACUUCUCGCCCGAGCGUAUCCAUACACGCCCUCUCCGACGUGUCCCGGAGAGGGUCCGCGGAGGAUAUCUUGACGUCCUCAGUGCGAUCCUAGUCCGCAUUGCCCAGGACCCGGAGGCUGCUGGCCCUACCUUCCUCCUCGCUGCAGCGCCGACUCUUUUCCUUGUUCCAGCGACGCCACCCGACCGCUCGCACACGGCUGCCAUUGCAGCGCGCAUCUCCCGCUUUGGUCGAGGUGAGUGGGCUGAGCUAGUCUCAGAUGCACUAGGCCGUCGCACACCCCUUCCUCGGCGCACAGGUCACCGGUCACGCACCGCCACCGAUCCCUCUACAGCAGAUGAGCGCCGCAUUGCACGUUGCCUUCGUCUGGCAGCGUGCAAUGAGACCUCACGGGCAGUGCGCGGCUCUCGAGUCCGCGGAGGCAGCCCCAGAUACACAGGGGACGAUACAGCGCCUGCAGUCGAAGCACCCCAACGCGGAGAGGCCGACCCCAGCUUGGCUGUCUGGCUUCCAGGGGUCCCCUCUUGUGCUCUCGGUGGAUCACUUACGCCGCGCGAUUUUCACAGCUCCGCGGGGCUCUUCGGGAGGACCCAGUGGCUCCGAGGCCGUUGCGCUCCAGCUGCACGCUCCUUGCUAGCGUCUUCCACCCUCGUGGCUCUGGCGAAGUCGAACAUGGAUGUUCGGCCGAUUGCCAUCGGCGAGGUUUUGGUCCGCAUUCUUUCUCGUGCAGUCUGUCUCCAGCUACGUGACCAGAUGGCGAGGGUCUUCUUGGCGUCACAGCAGUUUGGGGUGGGGGUUAUGUGCGGGACAGAGGUCGUAGUUAGAGGCGUCCGCCGCGCCCUGGCUGACCACCCAGACUGGGUGGUCCUGCAGCUAGACGUGGCGAAUGCCUUUAACUCUUUCCACCGAGACAGGAUGUUCCAGGCGCUGCAGGCCAGCCCGGAGUUUCAGUGUCUGAUCCCCUUCAUCGGCCUCUUCUACGGGACGCCCUCGGAUCUCCACUACAGGUCAGGCACGGGAGUGGUCACGAUGCACUCGGAGCGGGGCACUCGCCAGGGAGACCCUCUCAUCCCCUUCUUGUACGCUCUGACACAGCGUCUUGCUUUGGAGCCGGUUCUGGCGGAGGGGGAUGUCCAGCUCUGGUCGUACGCCGAUGACACGUACGUGCUAGGUCCCCCAGACAGGGUGCUGCACCACUUUGCCGAGAUCGUGAGGCGCUUGGGCGAGAUGGGCCUUGCAGCCCAGCCGCACAAGUGCCUCGUCUACCAGACAGAGUCCUUUCUGUCCAGGGAUCUGGAGGCUUUCACGGGCCUAGGGAUCGAGGUCGCACGCCGAGGGCUCACCGUGACAGGCGUACCGGUAGGCACCGUUUCGUUCGUGGAGCAGAGUCUCCCGGAUCGUCUCGAGAGGAUGGGGCGGGUGCUACCUUGGCUUCCGAGGUUGCGCCAGCCCCAGACAGCUGCCCGCCUUCUUUCGGCGUGUGUCAGCACUCGUCCGCAGUACCUGUCGAGGACCGUCCCUCCUUCGCCCGCAGUGAUCUCCAGUUUUACACGGUGGGACGCACGCCUGGGAGAGACAUUUCAGCAGCUUUUAGCUUCAGGGACCUGGGCUUGUCGCGAGGACGUCCGAGAGGCCGCCCUAGACCAGAUCUUCCUCCCCAUCCGUCUCGGGGGUUUCGGCAUUCGUCGCAUGGCGCGCAUUGCCCCGGUGAGUUUCGUGUGCUCCUGGGUGCAGUGUGCACCCAUUCUCUGUUCUCUCCCUGCGUGUGGCGAGGUGUUUCGGCAGAGCUUCGCUUCAGGUGAGCCAGAGCAGAUCGACCGGGCUCUGCAGACGGCGCUAGAGGGUCUCCCACCUGACGUUCUCUCUCUCCUUCCCCCCUGGCCCUCUUGCGCUUCUGCCUCCCCCGAUUCCCUUUUUGCAGGAGCGAGCCGUCUUCUGGAGGCGCAUGCCUUGGAGGCCGUGCGUGCCCGUCACGCCUCUCCCUUGCACCUUGCCCGUUUGACUUCCCUUCAGGGCGGAGGUGCAGGGGCGUGGUUGACGUCGGUGCCGUACGCCGACCCACUGCGCAUCCCGGAGGCGCUGUGGCAGGCGGCUUCAUCUUCUCGUCUUGGUCUCCCUAUCCCCCAGUUAGCCCUUGCAGGUCAGUGCUCCUGCGGACAGGCGAUUGACGACAUGACGGUGCCUCAUCACGCGGUUCGGUGCCCGCGCUACGGGGUCGCCACUACCAUCCACGACACGGUGAAGUACAUGCUUCGAGACUUUGCGGUCGAGGCGGGCUUCGCGGUAAAGGUGGAGGACUCUACGCUGUUCACACAGUUGGAGGCGGCUCGAGCGAGACUACUGGGACAGCCAGUGGUGGGAGAGGGGACACGGGCUGAGGGACCGGGGGAGCGGAGAGGCGAGGCGGGACAGCCGGGUGGCGGGGGACAGUGGGGACGGCACCAGCUGCGGGGUCAGGUGGAGCGAGGGACAGGUGGGCAGAGGGGACGGCAGGGGGAGCAGACGGGCCAGGACGGGGAGGGGGGACGGCACAGGCAGCAGCAGGAGAGCCAGUGGAGGCCGCGGGCCCAGGGCGCCGCGCCUCCAGGUUCGGCCUCGGGGCGGGGCAGGGGCGGGAGCAGCAGAGAGCGGACGGAGGGUCUGAUGGUUCUUGUGGAUGUCUCCAUAGCGGAUCCACAGCGGGAGGGGAACGUGCAGCUGAGACGGGCGACCCCCACACAGAUUGGAGUGGCAGCAGCUAGGCGGGUGCAGGAGAAGCUGCGUCACUGGGGGCCGCACUUAGAGGGGCUGCAGCCGGCACCACACUUUUACGCGUGCGUGGCGGAGACCUUUGGCCUUCUGAGUGAGCCGCUGCGUCAGUUUCUGGGGCUCUGCGCAAAGAGGAUAGCACAGCGGAGGAGGGAUAGAGGUGGGGGGGAUGACGGAUCGGCACGGAUAUUUGAGGCAGGACUCACUACACGCCUCUCCGUUGCACUGCAGCGCGCGCAGGCUCAAUGCAUGAUCCAGCAUGCGUCACACCCCCUGCCCCCUCAUGCCAUCCGCUCCCCCCGCCCCUACCCUCCGCGUGCCCGCUCCCUUGCCGCCUCUUUUGACCCUCCCUGCCCCCCUCGCCGUUUCCCACCGCCCGCCAUUCGCUCCUCCCCGCCCGUGCGCUCCCCUCGCUUACCUUCUCCUCCCCCCUCCCCUCCUCUGCUGCACGCCUCUUCCUUCCCCUCGCCGACCCACUCCACUCCCUGCCCCUCCUCAAUCCGCACCCUGCCCCUCGUAUCUCGCCCCCCUAUGCUUGGUUUCUCCCCUCCCUGCCCCUCGCCGCCUUUCUCCGCCCCCCACCUCCCCCCUCUCCCUGCCCCCCCCCACUCUCCCCCCCUUGCCCUUGGCUUCCUACCUCCCUGCCCCACCUUUCCCCCCUCCGUGUGCUCAGCUUCUCCCCUCCCUGCCCCUCCCUCCUCCCCGCCCUGCCCCUCGUUUCCGCCCCCCCCACGCCCGGUUUCUCCCCUCCCCGCGCCUCCCUUUCUUUCUCCGUGCCUCUCCUUUGCUCCCUCCCUGCCCCCGCCUGCCCAUGCCCCUGUCUUUGACUUCUCCCCUCCCUGCCCCACGUUUCUUCCCUCCCUGUCCCCCCCUCUGCCCCUCCCUUCCUCUUCCCUCCCUGCCCCUCCCUUCCUCCCCCCCUGCCCUUUGCUCUCCCCUCGUUACGCUCCCUUCUCCCCAUCCCUGCUGCCCUCUUACCACCAUCAGCCCAUCCCCACCACCAGCCCCCCUCCCACCCUUCUCUCCCCCCCUCCCUUUCCCUCUCUCUCUUUCUCACACACACACACGCACACUCCCCUCCCCCACCCCCCACCCACAUCCUCCCAUUCUGCCCCUCCCUGCCCCUUUCCCACCCCCUCGCACGCCCCUCACCUCCCACCUCCGUGCAACUGGUUUCCCCCCUAUGGUGCCUCCCUUGCAUCGCUCGCCCCUCUGCUCACCCUCUGCCCGCCCCUUUUCCGUGCCCUCAGCUGGCCCAGCCCCUGCCCGUUGCUGCCCCUCCCCUUGCCCCCUCAACUCCCCUGCCCCCCGUACACCCCAGUCCCAUCCAACCGCCCCCACCCUCCCCCGGCUGCCCAGUUUCCGCUCUCCACCCCCGCGACCGUGUGCGGCUUCCAACCGCCCAACGGUGGUGCGCACGGGGCGUUUCUUCGCACGGGCAAGCCUCCCCGGGGGCCCCCCACCCCGCUGGGUCGUUGCCCCCUCUACCCUCUCUUCCACCCACUGCGCACCGCUUUCCCCACCCUUUUCCCCUUUCCCCAAGCUAACCCCCCGCACCCCGGCCUCUGCCAGGGAGUUCCUUCCCCCUUUGACGCCCUCUUGAGCCAACUCCAGCAACUCACACCGCCACCGCCAGGCAUGCUGCCUCUAGCCAGGGGGGAACUUGCAGCUGACACUGCACGGGAAGGGGUAAGUGAGUUUGUGUGUGAAGGAGCAGCAGAGGCUGCAGAGGAUGGGGCAGCAAAGGCUGCACGGGAAGGGGCAAUGGGGGUUGUGGGGGAAGGGGCAGCAGAGGCUGCAGAGGAAAGGGCAGCAGAGGCUGCAAGGGAAGGGGCAGCAGCGGCUGCACGGGAAAGGGCGGCAGGGGCUGCACGGGAAGGGGCGGCAGGGACCGUGACUCUGGCCAGGCAAAGGGCAGAGGCCAUGGAGACAGGUUUUGCAGGAGUAGGGGCCACGGAACCUGCUGCUGUGUCGGCUGGGGGAACCGCAGCAGAGGAGGCUAUAGGGACCGCACCAGACUGCAGCAGUCGAAGGCUGCAAGGACUGCAGCAGGAGCGACAGAGGCCAUCAGUGGGGGCUGGUAUAGGGGGAGGUGCUACGGGUGCAGCGGGGAAGGGGGUAACGGGGACUGGUGCGAGGGAGAGUGCCGCCCCGGCUGUAGCAAGAGAGGGUACGGCAGGGGCUAGAGUGGGAGAGGGGACAGCAGUGGCCUCAAAGGCAGAAGGUGAGGCUGCAGCUGAAGCAGCAGGGAGGGCCAUAGCACGGCCAGUAGGGGCGGCAGGGGCCGCAGCAAACGCGGGGAAACACACAGCAGGGCCGGCAGGGCCGGCAGGGACUGCAAAAGGGGCUAGCAGUAAAGCGGCAGCAGGCGGGGUGGGCUCGGGGGACAUAGGGGCAACAGGGGAAGGAGAGGUGAGUGUGGUCCCGACCGGGGUGGGCACUGAAGAGGGGGAUGUGAUAGCGAUAGAGGAGGAUGAGGGAGAGGAUGUGAUGCACAUUGACGGGCCACUGGCCCAAUACCUCACGCUUGACGGUGAGGCCGACCCGGCCCCCCUGCAGCCUCACGUCGAGGUUCCCCCUCUACCCCCCAUGCCCGUCCCCAUGCUAGCAGAAGGACCGAUGGAGGGGCUGGGGGAGACCUUGAGGACAGAGCCGCGCGAGGGAGCCCCCAUCCUCACCUCCCGUCCUCCAGCCCACCCACCCCCAGGAGCACCACUUCCCCACCCCCACCCUCAGGUCCCGGUAGUGUCCAGGGGGGCAGCCAAGGCCCUGGCCUUCUUGGCGGAGCCGUGCUCCCCGACCCCCACGCUGCUCCAUGGCCAGCCCCCCUCUCCGUCCCCAACGCCUGACCCCACGGUUGCAGGCGGUCCACCGGGAGAGCACGCGGGGCAGCACACCUCUGCCCCCACCCUCAGGGGCUCCUUAGAGCACCACGUGGAGCAGCCAGGGCUCUGCCCCUCGACCCCCACCUCCAACCCCCUCUCCCGGCCGGGUUCCCCACGAGUGGCCCCGUUGGGCAGCCAUCACCCCCCACACACAGCUUGCCCGAUCUGUUCCCACGGAGGGGGAUGUUUCGAGGAGAGAGGGGAUGCACACAGAGCACCCCCCGCCUGGCGAACCACCCAUCCUCCCUCCACCCACCCCUUUGGCCCCACAGCCCCCCCUUCCUUCACAAACAGGCGCGGACAACCAGGUUGGCCGCCGGCGGAAGAACAGGGGCAGAGGGUCAGCCCACCCCGACCACCAAACCUACACUCCCGCCCCGCUCCUGCACCUCCACAGGGCCAUGGGAGCGGUCCAGCCCACUCACCCCCAUUCUGCCCCUCCCGUGCUGUGUCCCCCUCCCAGGUGGCGGCGGCCGCGAUCGCUACUGGGAGGGAGGCCGUCGGGUUGAGGGAUGCGCCCAUGGCAGACGCCACCGACUCCCCCUCCCAUCCCUCCCACCCCUUCCAUGUCGACGACCCCCUACCGCAACCCAUGGUGAUUGGGGAGGGCCAAGGGGGCCUUCUAGGGCAGGGUCCACACCCGAGCUCCGCUCAGCCAGCACGCCCCACUCCACCCUCUACCCUGCCAGCCCUCCUACUCUCACCUACAGGCAGGCAGGUCUUCGAGACCCCAGAGGAGGUGAGGGCUGGCAUUUCAGAUUUGCUGGCGAUACACCGCCUGAGCAGCUCUCCGGCUGCCCCCACCCUUCCAGUCCCACAGGACCGGACCCGGACGUAUGCGGAGGUCACCCGGUCUGUCCCUUCUUUUAUCCCCCCCGCCACUCAGCUAGGCGCGUCACUCCCGACCCCAAUGGAGACGGACCGGGUUCUGAGGCCGUGUCACUCGCACCUAGACGGGGUGGCGCCUCCCCCCGUUCAGCCCGUGGCGCAGGAGGUCACCAGCAGUAGGGAUGAGGCAUCCGCCCCUACCGAGACCCCUCCGCCUGGGGUAGCAGAGCCGUCACUUGAACCGCACCCCGCCGAGGGGCAGGAGCACACCACGGCACACACUUCAGGCUCACCUCCACGUCCCCCCUCCCCAGCUUCGACACCGGUACCGGCACGAGGCCCGGCCCUAUCCUGUGCGACACCACCUCUAUCUUCGCUGACACCCCCCCCGCGCGGGGCUGGUGAGCCGUCUCCUCCCCUCAUCCCAGGCGAUCCUCUCGGAGCUCAGGCCGCCCACGGGGUCCCCUCUACAGCCAGUUCCGACGCCACGGCCCCGAUUGACCCCGCCGACACGGCGACAUCACCCGACCAGGUCGUGAGUUGCCCCACCUGCAGGAGCUCUCUCGCGAACCGACGCGCGCUCCAGCACCACAUUCCCUUCUGCCAUCCUGCGGACGCGGCUCGCAGGGCGCAGGCUGCCCAUGAUACCGCCUCGAUCAUCCCUUCCCUCUCACAGCCCCGUGCGACCGGGAUGCAGUUCACCGACUGCACAGUGGCAGACGCUCGACUCGUCCGCAUUGCCCAGGACCCGGAGGCUGCUGGCCCUACCUUCCUCCUCGCUGCAGCGCCGACUCUUUUCCUUGUUCCAGCGACGCCACCCGACCGCUCGCACACGGCUGCCAUUGCAGCGCGCAUCUCCCGCUUUGGUCGAGGUGAGUGGGCUGAGCUAGUCUCAGAUGCACUAGGCCGUCGCACACCCCUUCCUCGGCGCACAGGUCACCGGUCACGCACCGCCACCGAUCCCUCUACAGCAGAUGAGCGCCGCAUUGCACGUUGCCUUCGUCUGGCAGCGUGCAAUGAGACCUCACGGGCGUGCGCGGCUCUCGAGUCCGCGGAGGCAGCCCCAGAUACACAGGGGACGAUACAGCGCCUGCAGUCGAAGCACCCCAACGCGGAGAGGCCGACCCCAGCUUGGCUGUCUGGCUUCCAGGGGUCCCCUCUUGUGCUCUCGGUGGAUCACUUACGCCGCGCGAUUUUCACAGCUCCGCGGGGCUCUUCGGGAGGACCGUCCGGUUGGGUCGCUGAGCACCUGCGAGACACUUUCUUAGCUUUCCCUCAGAGUCUCCAUUUCCUCCUGGCCGUGUACCAGCAGUGGCUCCGAGGCCGUUGCGCUCCAGCUGCACGCUCCUUGCUAGCGUCUUCCACCCUCGUGGCUCUGGCGAAGUCGAACAUGGAUGUUCGGCCGAUUGCCAUCGGCGAGGUUUUGGUCCGCAUUCUUUCUCGUGCAGUCUGUCUCCAGCUACGUGACCAGAUGGCGAGGGUCUUCUUGGCGUCACAGCAGUUUGGGGUGGGGGUUAUGUGCGGGACAGAGGUCGUAGUUAGAGGCGUCCGCCGCGCCCUGGCUGACCACCCAGACUGGGUGGUCCUGCAGCUAGACGUGGCGAAUGCCUUUAACUCUUUCCACCGAGACAGGAUGUUCCAGGCGCUGCAGGCCAGCCCGGAGUUUCAGUGUCUGAUCCCCUUCAUCGGCCUCUUCUACGGGACGCCCUCGGAUCUCCACUACAGGUCAGGCACGGGAGUGGUCACGAUGCACUCGGAGCGGGGCACUCGCCAGGGAGACCCUCUCAGCCCCUUCUUGUACGCUCUGACACAGCGUCUUGCUUUGGAGCCGGUUCUGGCGGAGGGGGAUGUCCAGCUCUGGUCGUACGCCGAUGACACGUACGUGCUAGGUCCCCCAGCCAGGGUGCUGCACCACUUUGCCGAGAUCGUGAGGCGCUUGGGCGAGAUGGGCCUUGCAGCCCAGCCGCACAAGUGCCUCGUCUACCAGACGGAGUCCUUUCUGUCCAGGGAUCUGGAGGCUUUCACGGGCCUAGGGAUCGAGGUCGCACGCCGAGGGCUCACCGUGACAGGCGUACCGGUAGGCACCGUUUCGUUCGUGGAGCAGAGUCUCCCGGAUCGUCUCGAGAGGAUGGGGCGGGUGCUACCUUGGCUUCCGAGGUUGCGCCAGCCCCAGACAGCUGCCCGCCUCCUUUCGGCGUGUGUCAGCACUCGUCCAGCAGUACCUGUCGAGGACCGUCCCUCCUUCGCCCGCAGUGAUCUCCAGUUUUACACGAUCUUCCUCCCCAUCCGUCUCGGGGGUUUCGGCAUUCGUCGCAUGGCGCGCAUUGCCCCGAGCUUCGCUUCAGGUGAGCCAGAGCAGAUCGACCGGGCUCUGCAGACGGCGCUAGAGGGAGCGAGCCGUCUUCUGGAGGCGCAUGCCUUGGAGGCCGUGCGUGCCCGUCACGCCUCUCCCUUGCACCUUGCCCGUUUGACUUCCCUUCAGGGCGGAGGUGCAGGGGCGUGGUUGACGUCGGUGCCGUACGCCGACCCACUGCGCAUCCCGGAGGCGCUGUGGCAGGCGGCUUCAUCUUCUCGUCUUGGUCUCCCUAUCCCCCAGUUAGCCCUUGCAGGUCAGUGCUCCUGCGGACAGGCGAUUGACGACAUGACGGUGCCUCAUCACGCGGUUCGGUGCCCGCGCUACGGGGUCGCCACUACCAUCCACGACACGGUGAAGUACAUGCUUCGAGACUUUGCGGUCGAGGCGGGCUUCGCGGUAAAGGUGGAGGACUCUACGCUGUUCACACAGUUGGAGGCGGCUCGAGCGAGACUACUGGGACAGCCAGUGGUGGGAGAGGGGACACGGGCUGAGGGACCGGGGGAGCGGAGAGGCGAGGCGGGACAGCCGGGUGGCGGGGGACAGUGGGGACGGCACCAGCUGCGGGGUCAGGUGGAGCGAGGGACAGGUGGGCAGAGGGGACGGCAGGGGGAGCAGACGGGCCAGGACGGGGAGGGGGGACGGCACAGGCAGCAGCAGGAGAGCCAGUGGAGGCCGCGGGCCCAGGGCGCCGCGCCUCCAGGUUCGGCCUCGGGGGCGGGGCAGGGGCGGGAGCAGCAGAGAGCGGACGGAGGUACAGGAGGGGCAGCAGGAUUGGGAGGGGAGGGCCAGGGAGUGAGAGAGGCAGCAGGGGAUGGAGCAGGGGGGUCGGGAGGUUUGGGGGAGGGUAGAGAGGGGGAGGGGAGAGGACAGGUGGAUGGAGGAGAGGAGAGGGGGAGAGAGACGAUCGGAGAGGGGGCACCAAGGGACCAGACAGGGCAGCAGCCAGCGCAACAGCAGGGACCAGUCGGACGCACAGGCCGUGUAGGCACCGCCUCCCGCAUUCCAGAUCUCACCUGCCGCGACGUUGGCCAGGGUCUGAUGGUUCUUGUGGAUGUCUCCAUAGCGGAUCCACAGCGGGAGGGGAACGUGCAGCUGAGACGGGCGACCCCCACACAGAUUGGAGUGGCAGCAGCUAGGCGGGUGCAGGAGAAGCUGCGUCACUGGGGGCCGCACUUAGAGGGGCUGCAGCCGGCACCACACUUUUACGCGUGCGUGGCGGAGACCUUUGGCCUUCUGAGUGAGCCGAUGCGUCAUCACACCCCCUGCCCCCUCAUGCCAUCCGCUCCCCCCGCCCCUACCCUCCGCGUGCCCGCUCCCUUGCCGCCUCUUUUGACCCUCCCUGCCCCCCUCGCCGUUUCCCACCGCCCGCCAUUCGCUCCUCCCCGCCCGUGCGCUCCCCUCGCUUACCUUCUCCUCCCCCCUCCCCUCCUCUGCUGCACGCCUCUUCCUUCCCCUCGCCGACCCACUCCACUCCCUGCCCCUCCUCAAUCCGCACCCUGCCCCUCGUAUCUCGCCCCCCUAUGCUUGGUUUCUCCCCUCCCUGCCCCUCGCCGCCUUUCUCCGCCCCCCACCUCCCCCCUCUCCCUGCCCCCCCACUCUCCCCCCCUUGCCCUUGGCUUCCUACCUCCCUGCCCCACCUUUCCCCCCUCUGUGUGCUCAGCUUCUCCCCUCCCUGCCCCUCCCUCCUCCCCGCCCUGCCCCUCGUUUUCCUCCCCCCCACACCCGGUUUCUUCCCUCCCCGCGCCUCCCUUUCUUUCUCCGUGCCUCUCCUUUGCUCCCUCCCUGCCCCCGCCUGCCCAUGGUCCUGUCUUUGGCUUCUCCCCUCCCUGCCCCACGUUUCUUCCCUCCCUGCCCCCGCCUGCCCAUGCCCCUGUCUUUGGCUUCUCCCCUCCCUGCCCCACGUUUCUUCCCUCCCUGCCCUCCCCCUCUGCCCCUCCCUUGUUUUCCCCUCACCCAUUGCUUCUCCCCUCCCUGCCCUUGUUUCCUACCAUCCAUGCCCCUCGUUUCCCCCCCUUUGUACGUUCAGCCUCUUCCCUCCCUGCCCCUCCCUUCCUCCCCCCCUGCCCUUUGCUCUCCCCUCGUUACGCUCCCUUCUCCCCAUCCCUGCUGCCCUCUUACCACCAUCAGCCCAUCCCCACCACCAGCCCCCCUCCCACCCUUCUCUCCCCCCCUCCGUUUCCCUCUAUCUCUUUCUCACACACACACACGCACACUCCCCUCCCCCACCCCCCCACCCACAUCCUCCCAUUCUGCCCCUCCCUGCCCCUUUCCCACCCCCUCGCACGCCCCUCACCUCCCACCUCCGUGCAACUGGUUUCCCCCCUAUGGUGCCUCCCUUGCAUCGCUCGCCCCUCUGCUCACCCUCUGCCCGCCCCUUUUCCGUGCCCCCAGCUGGCCCAGCCCCUGCCCGUUGCUGCCCCUCCCCUUGCCCCCUCAACUCCCCUGCCCCCCGUACACCCCAGUCCCAUCCAACCGCCCCCACCCUCCCCCGGCUGCCCGUUUCCGCUCUCCACCCCCGCGACCGUGCGCGGCUUCCAACCGCCCAACGGUGGUGCGCACGGGGCGUUUCUUCGCACGGGCAAGCCUCCCCGGGGGCCCCCCACCCCGCUGGGUCGUUCCACCUACCCCAGCCUCCCUCUACCUCUCCCUAACUCCACACCGCCGUUCCUACCCCCAGCCAAGGUCUACACCCCUUGCUUUUGCUCCCUGGGCUGUGCCGUCCCCAACCUCCCUCCGCCUUUCCGCGGCACCAGACCGCCUCUCCCUCCCCCAGCCAACCUUUGCACCCCCUGUUCCUGCCCCUUGUGCCCUCCAACACCCUACCUCAACCCCCCCCAGUCUCCCCCUUCUCCAACACCCUCCAUAUUUCCUCCCCCCUGGGGCUCGCCCAUCCGCACGCCUCCUUUCGGUGCCCUCUCUGCCCUCCCACGUUCUCACCCCCCGCCUCCCAACCUUCUCAUUACCCGCUACCAGGCUCACGCCAACUCGACUACCCACUACCCUUUGCCCCUUCCUCUCUGUUCCCCACCCUUCCUUUCCCACUUGGCUCCACCUGCCCACCCCCACCUCCCGUGGAAUUCUGCCCUGCCCUCCCCACCUCCGGCCCACCACCUGUCCCCACACCCUGCUCACCCACCGCUACAUCACCCCCUGCCCCCCCACCUCCACUACAGCCCGCCAACACUUCCCCUCUCAACCGGCCCCCAGCCCGCCCCCCCCUUGGGCCCCAAUCCCCUCCAACUGUCAGGCCCCCUCUACCCUCUCUUCCACCCACUGCGCACCGCUUUCCCCACCCUUUUCCCCUUUCCCCAAGCUAACCCCCCGCACCCCGGCCUCUGCCAGGGAGUUCCUUCCCCCUUUGACGCCCUCUUGAGCCAACUCCAGCAACUCACACCGCCACCGCCUAGGCAUGCUGCCUCUGUAACAAUGCCCCAGCACCCCGCGAGUGGGGGAAAGGCAGACCUCGGGAGCCCCUCGGCGAUCUGGGAGGUCCCGCAGCCGAGCCACCCCCUACUCUCCCACUUCCCCCCACUUCAACAAGCCAGGGGGGAACUUGCAGCUGACACUGCACGGGAAGGGGUAAGUGAGUUUGUGUGUGAAGGAGCAGCAGAGGCUGCAGAGGAUGGGGCAGCAAAGGCUGCACGGGAAGGGGCAAUGGGGGUUGUGGGGGAAGGGGCAGCAGAGGCUGCAGAGGAAAGGGCAGCAGAGGCUGCAAGGGAAGGGGCAGCAGCGGCUGCACGGGAAAGGGCGGCAGGGGCUGCACGGGAAGGGGCGGCAGGGACCGUGACUCUGGCCAGGCAAAGGGCAGAGGCCAUGGAGACAGGUUUUGCAGGAGUAGGGGCCACGGAACCUGCUGCUGUGUCGGCUGGGGGAACCGCAGCAGAGGAGGCUAUAGGGACCGCACCAGAGGGGGAUGUGAUAGCGAUAGAGGAGGAUGAGGGAGAGGAUGUGAUGCACAUUGACGGGCCACUGGCCCAAUACCUCACGCUUGACGGUGAGGCCGACCCGGCCCCCCUGCAGCCUCACGUCGAGGUUCCCCCUCUACCCCCCAUGCCCGUCCCCAUGCUAGCAGAAGGACCGAUGGAGGGGCUGGGGGAGACCUUGAGGACAGAGCCGCGCGAGGGAGCCCCCAUCCUCACCUCCCGUCCUCCAGCCCACCCACCCCCAGGAGCACCACUUCCCCACCCCCACCCUCAGGUCCCGGUAGUGUCCAGGGGGGCAGCCAAGGCCCUGGCCUUCUUGGCGGAGCCGUGCUCCCCGACCCCCACGCUGCUCCAUGGCCAGCCCCCCUCUCCGUCCCCAACGCCUGACCCCACGGUUGCAGGCGGUCCACCGGGAGAGCACGCGGCACACCUCUGCCCCCACCCUCAGGGGCUCCUUAGAGCACCACGUGGAGCAGCCAGGGCUCUGGUCUUCCUAGAGGAGCCAUGCUCCCCGACUCCUACCAACACCCAGCCACCCCCUACCGGCCCACUACCCCCUCCUCCACCAGGCCCCCCCCCACCCGGUAGUACACACAUCUCGGAGGUUGAAGCAUCUCUGCGGCCAAAUCCCUCUCCCACACGCUACAGGCACCCAAACCACCCGAGUCGCCGCACAGCCCCAACACGCCCACCCAACAGGCUGCCCUCCCCACACCACCCCCCCCAGGCAGCCGAGACCCACCCGCAAGGGCUUGCGCCCCAGGCUCAUGGGAGCGGCGGCACCCGGGUAGAGGGGCCCACAGGAGAGGCCACCACAGGGCCCACACAAAUCUCUCUCCCCCCACCGUUUGUACCUCGCUCUAACCUCCACACUGGCCCAGCCCCUCGACCCCCACCUCCAACCCCCUCUCCCGGCCGGGUUCCCCACGAGUGGCCCCGUUGGGCAGCCAUCACCCCCCACACACAGCUUGCCCGAUCUGUUCCCACGGAGGGGGAUGUUUCGAGGAGAGAGGGGAUGCACACAGAGCACCCCCCGCCUGGCGAACCACCCAUCCUCCCUCCACCCACCCCUUUGGCCCCACAGCCCCCCCUUCCUUCACAAACAGGCGCGGACAACCAGGUGGCGGCGGCCGCGAUCGCUACUGGGAGGGAGGCCGUCGGGUUGAGGGAUGCGCCCAUGGCAGACGCCACCGACUCCCCCUCCCAUCCCUCCCACCCCUUCCAUGUCGACGACCCCCUACCGCAACCCAUGGUGAUUGGGGAGGGCCAAGGGGGCCUUCUAGGGCAGGGUCCACACCCGAGCUCCGCUCAGCCAGCACGCCCCACUCCACCCUCUACCCUGCCAGCCCUCCUACUCUCACCUACAGGCAGGCAGGUCUUCGAGACCCCAGAGGAGGUGAGGGCUGGCAUUUCAGAUUUGCUGGCGAUACACCGCCUGAGCAGCUCUCCGGCUGCCCCCACCCUUCCAGUCCCACAGGACCGGACCCGGACGUAUGCGGAGGUCACCCGGUCUGUCCCUUCUUUUAUCCCCCCCGCCACUCAGCUAGGCGCGUCACUCCCGACCCCAAUGGAGACGGACCGGGUUCUGAGGCCGUGUCACUCGCACCUAGACGGGGUGGCGCCUCCCCCCGUUCAGCCCGUGGCGCAGGAGGUCACCAGCAGUAGGGAUGAGGCAUCCGCCCCUACCGAGACCCCUCCGCCUGGGGUAGCAGAGCCGCCGUCUCCUCCCCUCAUCCCAGGCGAUCCUCUCGGAGCUCAGGCCGCCCACGGGGUCCCCUCUACAGCCAGUUCCGACGCCACGGCCCCGAUUGACCCCGCCGACACGGCGACAUCACCCGACCAGGUCUUCACCGACGCACAGUGGCAGACGCUCGACUCGGUGGACUGGACAGAGUACUUCUCGCCCGAGCGUAUCCAUACACGCCCUCUCCGACGUGUCCCGGAGAGGGUCCGCGGAGGAUAUCUUGACGUCCUCAGUGCGAUCCUAGUCCGCAUUGCCCAGGACCCGGAGGCUGCUGGCCCUACCUUCCUCCUCGCUGCAGCGCCGACUCUUUUCCUUGUUCCAGCGACGCCACCCGACCGCUCGCACACGGCUGCCAUUGCAGCGCGCAUCUCCUGCUUUGGUCGAGGUGAGUGGGCUGAGCUAGUCUCAGAUGCACUAGGCCGUCGCACACCCCUUCCUCGGCGCACAGGUCACCGGUCACGCACCGCCACCGAUCCCUCUACAGCAGAUGAGCGCCGCAUUGCACGUUGCCUUCGUCUGGCAGCGUGCAAUGAGACCUCACGGGCGUGCGCGGCUCUCGAGUCCGCGGAGGCAGCCCCAGAUACACAGGGGACGAUACAGCGCCUGCAGUCGAAGCACCCCAACGCGGAGAGGCCGACCCCAGCUUGGCUGUCUGGCUUCCAGGGGUCCCCUCUUGUGCUCUCGAGUCUCCAUUUCCUCCUGGCCGUGUACCAGCAGUGGCUCCGAGGCCGUUGCGCUCUAGCUGCACGCUCCUUGCUAGCGUCUUCCACCCUCGUGGCUCUGGCGAAGUCGAACAUGGAUGUUCGGCCGAUUGCCAUCGGCGAGGUUUUGGUCCGCAUUCUUUCUCGUGCAGUCUGUCUCCAGCUACGUGACCAGAUGGCGAGGGUCUUCUUGGCGUCACAGCAGUUUGGGGUGGGGGUUAUGUGCGGGACAGAGGUCGUAGUUAGAGGCGUCCGCCGCGCCCUGGCUGACCACCCAGACUGGGUGGUCCUGCAGCUAGACGUGGCGAAUGCCUUUAACUCUUUCCACCGAGACAGGAUGUUCCAGGCGCUGCAGGCCAGCCCGGAGUUUCAGUGUCUGAUCCCCUUCAUCGGCCUCUUCUACGGGACGCCCUCGGAUCUCCACUACAGGUCAGGCACGGGAGUGGUCACGAUGCACUCGGAGCGGGGCACUCGCCAGGGAGACCCUCUCAGCCCCUUCUUGUACGCUCUGACACAGCGUCUUGCUUUGGAGCCGGUUUUGGCGGAGGGGGAUGUCCAGCUCUGGUCGUACGCCGAUGACACGUACGUGCUAGGUCCCCCAGACAGGGUGCUGCACCACUUUGCCGAGAUCGUGAGGCGCUUGGGCGAGAUGGGCCUUGCAGCCCAGCCGCACAAGUGCCUCGUCUACCAGACGGAGUCCUUUCUGUCCAGGGAUCUGGAGGCUUUCACGGGCCUAGGGAUCGAGGUCGCACGCCGAGGGCUCACCGUGACAGGCGUACCGGUAGGCACCGUUUCGUUCGUGGAGCAGAGUCUCCCGGAUCGUCUCGAGAGGAUGGGGCGGGUGCUACCUUGGCUUCCGAGGUUGCGCCAGCCCCAGACAGCUGCCCGCCUCCUUUCGGCGUGUGUCAGCACUCGUCCGCAGUACCUGUCGAGGACCGUCCCUCCUUCGCCCGCAGUGAUCUCCAGUUUUACACGGUGGGACGCACGCCUGGGAGAGACAUUUCAGCAGCUUUUAGCUUCAGGGACCUGGGCUUGUCGCGAGGACGUCCGAGAGGCCGCCCUAGACCAGAUCUUCCUCCCCAUCCGUCUCGGGGGUUUCGGCAUUCGUCGCAUGGCGCGCAUUGCCCCGGUGAGUUUCGUGUGCUCCUGGGUGCAGUGUGCACCCAUUCUCUGUUCUCUCCCUGCGUGUGGCGAGGUGUUUCGGCAGAGCUUCGCUUCAGGUGAGCCAGAGCAGAUCGACCGGGCUCUGCAGACGGCGCUAGAGGGUCUCCCACCUGACGUUCUCUCUCUCCUUCCCCCCUGGCCCUCUUGCGCUUCUGCCUCCCCCGAUUCCCUUUUUGCAGGAGCGAGCCGUCUUCUGGAGGCGCAUGCCUUGGAGGCCGUGCGUGCCCGUCACGCCUCUCCCUUGCACCUUGCCCGUUUGACUUCCCUUCAGGGCGGAGGUGCAGGGGCGUGGUUGACGUCGGUGCCGUACGCCGACCCACUGCGCAUCCCGGAGGCGCUGUGGCAGGCGGCUUCAUCUUCUCGUCUUGGUCUCCCUAUCCCCCAGUUAGCCCUUGCAGGUCAGUGCUCCUGCGGACAGGCGAUUGACGACAUGACGGUGCCUCAUCACGCGGUUCGGUGCCCGCGCUACGGGGUCGCCACUACCAUCCACGACACGGUGAAGUACAUGCUUCGAGACUUUGCGGUCGAGGCGGGCUUCGCGGUAAAGGUGGAGGACUCUACGCUGUUCACACAGUUGGAGGCGGCUCGAGCGAGACUACUGGGACAGCCAGUGGUGGGAGAGGGGACACGGGCUGAGGGACCGGGGGAGCGGAGAGGCGAGGCGGGACAGCCGGGUGGCGGGGGACAGUGGGGACGGCACCAGCUGCGGGGUCAGGUGGAGCGAGGGACAGGUGGGCAGAGGGGACGGCAGGGGGAGCAGACGGGCCAGGACGGGGAGGGGGGACGGCACAGGCAGCAGCAGGAGAGCCAGUGGAGGCCGCGGGCCCAGGGCGCCGCGCCUCCAGGUUCGGCCUCGGGGGCGGGGCAGGGGCGGGAGCAGCAGAGAGCGGACGGAGGUACAGGAGGGGCAGCGGGAUUGGGAGGGGAGGGCCAGGGAGUGAGAGAGGCAGCAGGGGAUGGAGCAGGGGGGUCGGGAGGUUUGGGGGAGGGUAGAGAGGGGGAGGGGAGAGGACAGGUGGAUGGAGGAGAGGAGAGGGGGAGAGAGACGAUCGGAGAGGGGGCACCAAGGGACCAGACAGGGCAGCAGCCAGCGCAACAGCAGGGACCAGUCGGACGCACAGGCCGUGUAGGCACCGCCUCCCGCAUUCCAGAUCUCACCUGCCGCGACGUUGGCCAGGGUCUGAUGGUUCUUGUGGAUGUCUCCAUAGCGGAUCCACAGCGGGAGGGGAACGUGCAGCUGAGACGGGCGACCCCCACACAGAUUGGAGUGGCAGCAGCUAGGCGGGUGCAGGAGAAGCUGCGUCACUGGGGGCCGCACUUAGAGGGGCUGCAGCCGGCACCACACUUUUACGCGUGCGUGGCGGAGACCUUUGGCCUUCUGAGUGAGCCGCUGCGUCAGUUUCUGGGGCUCUGCGCAAAGAGGAUAGCACAGCGGAGGAGGGAUAGAGGUGGGGGGGAUGACGGAUCGGCACGGAUAUUUGAGGCAGGACUCACUACACGCCUCUCCGUUGCACUGCAGCGCGCGCAGGCUCAAUGCAUGAUCCAGCAUGCGGUGCGGCAGUUAGGGAGGUCCGACGACGGGUGGAUGCCCGCACCAGUCCCACUGGGUGCGGGGCAGGGAACUUGGCACCACGUCACAGGGUGCUUCGAGAGUUCACACCCCCUGCCCCCUCAUGCCAUCCGCUCCCCCCGCCCCUACCCUCCGCGUGCCCGCUCCCUUGCCGCCUCUUUUGACCCUCCCUGCCCCCCUCGCCGUUUCCCACCGCCCGCCAUUCGCUCCUCCCCGCCCGUGCGCUCCCCUCGCUUACCUUCUCCUCCCCCCUCCCCUCCUCUGCUGCACGCCUCUUCCUUCCCCUCGCCGACCCACUCCACUCCCUGCCCCUCCUCAAUCCGCACCCUGCCCCUCGUAUCUCGCCCCCCUAUGCUUGGUUUCUCCCCUCCCUGCCCCUCGCCGCCUUUCUCCGCCCCCCACCUCCCCCCUCUCCCUGCCCCCCCACUCUCCCCCCCCUUGCCCUUGGCUUCCUACCUCCCUGCCCCACCUUUCCCCCCUCUGUGUGCUCAGCUUCUCCCCUCCCUGCCCCUCCCUCCUCCCCGCCCUGCCCCUCGUUUUCCGCCCCCCCCACACCCGGUUUCUCCCCUCCCCGCGCCUCCCUUUCUUUCUCCGUGCCUCUCCUUUGCUCCCUCCCUGCCCCCGCCUGCCCAUGCCCCUGUCUUUGGCUUCUCCCCUCCCUGCCCCACGUUUCUUCCCUCCCUGCCCUCCCCCUCUGCCCCUCCCUUGUUUUCCCCUCACCCAUUGCUUCUCCUCCCUGCCCUUGAUUUCCCACACCCUGCCCUUGUUUCCUACCAUCCAUGCCCCUCGUUUCCCCCCCUUUGUACGUUCAGCCUCUUCCCUCCCUGCCCCUCCCUUCCUCCCCCCCUGCCCUUUGCUCUCCCCUCGUUACGCUCCCUUCUCCCCAUCCCUGCUGCCCUCUUACCACCAUCAGCCCAUCCCCACCACCAGCCCCCCUCCCACCCUUCUCUCCCCCCCUCCCUUUCCCUCUCUCUCUUUCUCACACACACACACGCACACUCCCCUCCCCCACCCCCCCACCCACAUCCUCCCAUUCUGCCCCUCCCUGCCCCUUUCCCACCCCCUCGCACGCCCCUCACCUCCCACCUCCGUGCAACUGGUUUCCCCCCUAUGGUGCCUCCCUUGCAUCGCUCGCCCCUCUGCUCACCCUCUGCCCGCCCCUUUUCCAUGCCCUCAGCUGGCCCAGCCCCUGCCCGUUGCUGCCCCUCCCCUUGCCCCCUCAACUCCCCUGCCCCCCGUACACCCCAGUCCCAUCCAACCGCCCCCACCCUCCCCCGGCUGCCCGUUUCCGCUCUCCACCCCUUGCGACCGUGUGCGGCUUCCAACCACCCAACGGUGGUGCGCACUGGGCGUGACAGCGGGGGCGGCACCCAUGCAUGCUCAGUAGAGAGAUCCUCCAACUCACUCGCUACCUCCCAUUCGCAAACCAGAUUACUUGUGAAAACACUUAAUCCUACCCGCACCCCCAAGCACAUAGAAGCGGGAGAGGGCAGAGCCAGGGGGGAACUUGCAGCUGACACUACACGAGAAGGGGUAAGUGAGUUUGUGUGUGAAGGAGCAGCAGAGGCUGCAGAGGAUGGGGCAGCAAAGGCUGCACGGGAAGGGGCAAUGGGGGUUGUGGGGGAAGGGGCAGCAGAGGCUGCAGAGGAAAGGGCAGCAGAGGCUGCAAGGGAAGGGGCAGCAGCGGCUGCACGGGAAAGGGCGGCAGGGGCUGCACGGGAAGGGGCGGCAGGGACCGUGACUCUGGCCAGGCAAGGGGCAGAGGCCAUGGAGACAGGUUUUGCAGGAGUAGGGGCCACGGAACCUGCUGCUGUGUCGGCUGGGGGAACCGCAGCAGAGGAGGCUAUAGGGACCGCACCAGCAGUCGAGGCUGCAAGGACUGCAGCAGGAGCGACAGAGGCCACAGUGGGGGCUGGUAUAGGGGGAGGUGCUACGGGUGCAGCGGGGAAGGGGGUAACGGGGACUGGUGCGAGGGAGAGUGCCGCCCCGGCUGUAGCAAGAGAGGGUACGGCAGGGGCUAGAGUGGGAGAGGGGACAGCAGUGGCCUCAAAGGCAGAAGGUGAGGCUGCAGCUGAAGCAGCAGGGAGGGCCAUAGCACGGCCAGUAGGGGCGGCAGGGGCCGCAGCAAACGCGGGGAAACACACAGCAGGGCCGGCAGGGCCGGCAAGGACUGCAAAAGGGGCUAGCAGUAAAGCGGCAGCAGGCGGGGUGGGCUCGGGGGACAUAGGGGCAACAGGGGAAGGAGAGGUGAGUGUGGUCCCGACCGGGGUGGGCACUGAAGAGGGGGAUGUGAUAGCGAUAGAGGAGGAUGAGGGAGAGGAUGUGAUGCACAUUGACGGGCCACUGGCCCAAUACCUCACGCUUGACGGUGAGGCCGACCCGGCCCCCCUGCAGCCUCACGUCGAGGUUCCCCCUCUACCCCCCAUGCCCGUCCCCAUGCUAGCAGAAGGACCGAUGGAGGGGCUGGGGGAGACCUUGAGGACAGAGCCGCGCGAGGGAGCCCCCAUCCUCACCUCCCGUCCUCCAGCCCACCCACCCCCAGGAGCACCACUUCCCCACCCCCACCCUCAGGUCCCGCCCCCCUCUCCGUCCCCAACGCCUGACCCCACGGUUGCAGGCGGUCCACCGGGAGAGCACGCGGCACACCUCUGCCCCCACCCUCAGGGGCUCCUUAGAGCACCACGUGGAGCAGCCAGGGCUCUGGUCUUCCUAGAGGAGCCAUGCUCCCCGACUCCUACCAACACCCAGCCACCCCCUGACCGGCCCACUACCCCCUCCUCCACCAGGCCCCCCCCCACCCGCCCCUCGACCCCCACCUCCAACCCCCUCUCCCGGCCGGGUUCCCCACGAGUGGCCCCGUUGGGCAGCCAUCACCCCCCACACACAGCUUGCCCGAUCUGUUCCCACGGAGGGGGAUGUUUCGAGGAGAGAGGGGAUGCACACAGAGCACCCCCCGCCUGGCGAACCACCCAUCCUCCCUCCACCCACCCCUUUGGCCCCACAGCCCCCCCUUCCUUCACAAACAGGCGCGGACAACCAGGUUGGCCGCCGGCGGAAGAACAGGGGCAGAGGGUCAGCCCACCCCGACCACCAAACCUACACUCCCGCCCCGCUCCUGCACCUCCACAGGGCCAUGGGAGCGGUCCAGCCCACUCACCCCCAUUCUGCCCCUCCCGUGCUGUGUCCCCCUCCCAGGUGGCGGCGGCCGCGAUCGCUACUGGGAGGGAGGCCGUCGGGUUGAGGGAUGCGCCCAUGGCAGACGCCACCGACUCCCCCUCCCAUCCCUCCCACCCCUUCCAUGUCGACGACCCCCUACCGCAACCCAUGGUGAUUGGGGAGGGCCAAGGGGGCCUUCUAGGGCAGGGUCCACACCCGAGCUCCGCUCAGCCAGCACGCCCCACUCCACCCUCUACCCUGCCAGCCCUCCUACUCUCACCUACAGGCAGGCAGGUCUUCGAGACCCCAGAGGAGGUGAGGGCUGGCAUUUCAGAUUUGCUGGCGAUACACCGCCUGAGCAGCUCUCCGGCUGCCCCCACCCUUCCAGUCCCACAGGACCGGACCCGGACGUAUGCGGAGGUCACCCGGUCUGUCCCUUCUUUUAUCCCCCCCGCCACUCAGCUAGGCGCGUCACUCCCGACCCCAAUGGAGACGGACCGGGUUCUGAGGCCGUGUCACUCGCACCUAGACGGGGUGACGCCUCCCCCCGUUCAGCCCGUGGCGCACGAGGUCACCAGCAGUAGGGAUGAAGCAUCCGCCCCUACCGAGACCCCUCCGCCUGGGGUAGCAGAGCCGUCACUUGAACCGCACCCCGCCGAGGGGCAGGAGCACACCACGGCACACACUUCAGGCUCACCUCCACGUCCCCCCUCCCCAGCUUUGACACCUGUACCGGCACGAGGCCCGGCCCUAUCCUGUGCGACACCACCUCUAUCUUCGCUGACACCCCCCCCGCGCGGGGCUGGUGAGCCGUCUCCUCCCCUCAUCCCAGGCGAUCCUCUCGGAGCUCAGGCCGCCCACGGGGUCCCCUCUACAGCCAGUUCCGACGCCACGGCCCCGAUUGACCCCGCCGACACGGCGACAUCACCCGACCAGGUCGUGAGUUGCCCCACCUGCAGGAGCUCUCUCGCGAACCGACGCGCGCUCCAGCACCACAUUCCCUUCUGCCAUCCUGCGGACGCGGCUCGCAGGGCGCAGGCUGCCCAUGAUACCGCCUCAAUCAUCCCUUCCCUCUCACAGCCCCGUGCGACCGGGAUGCAGUUCACCGACGCACAGUGGCAGACGCUCGACUCGGUGGACUGGACAGAGUACUUCUCGCCCGAGCGUAUCCAUACACGCCCUCUCCGACGUGUCCCGGAGAGGGUCCGCGGAGGAUAUCUUGACGUCCUCAGUGCGAUCCUAGUCCGCAUUGCCCAGGACCCGGAGGCUGCUGGCCCUACCUUCCUCCUCGCUGCAGCGCCGACUCUUUUCCUUGUUCCAGCGACGCCACCCGACCGCUCGCACACGGCUGCCAUUGCAGCGCGCAUCUCCCGCUUUGGUCGAGGUGAGUGGGCUGAGCUAGUCUCAGAUGCACUAGGCCGUCGCACACCCCUUCCUCGGCGCACAGGUCACCGGUCACGCACCGCCACCGAUCCCUCUACAGCAGAUGAGCGCCGCAUUGCACGUUGCCUUCGUCUGGCAGCGUGCAAUGAGACCUCACGGGCGUGCGCGGCUCUCGAGUCCGCGGAGGCAGCCCCAGAUACACAGGGGACGAUACAGCGCCUGCAGUCGAAGCACCCCAACGCGGAGAGGCCGACCCCAGCUUGGCUGUCUGGCUUCCAGGGGUCCCCUCUUGUGCUCUCGUCGAACAUGGAUGUUCGGCCGAUUGCCAUCGGCGAGGUUUUGGUCCGCAUUCUUUCUCGUGCAGUCUGUCUCCAGCUACGUGACCAGAUGGCGAGGGUCUUCUUGGCGUCACAGCAGUUUGGGGUGGGGGUUAUGUGCGGGACAGAGGUCGUAGUUAGAGGCGUCCGCCGCGCCCUGGCUGACCACCCAGACUGGGUGGUCUUGCAGCUAGACGUGGCGAAUGCCUUUAACUCUUUCCACCGAGACAGGAUGUUCCAGGCGCUGCAGGCCAGCCCGGAGUUUCAGUGUCUGAUCCCCUUCAUCGGCCUCUUCUACGGGACGCCCUCGGAUCUCCACUACAGGUCAGGCACGGGAGUGGUCACGAUGCACUCGGAGCGGGGCACUCGCCAGGGAGACCCUCUCAGCCCCUUCUUGUACGCUCUGACACAGCGUCUUGCUUUGGAGCCGGUUCUGGCGGAGGGGGAUGUCCAGCUCUGGUCGUACGCCGAUGACACGUACGUGCUAGGUCCCCCAGACAGGGUGCUGCACCACUUUGCCGAGAUCGUGAGGCGCUUGGGCGAGAUGGGCCUUGCAGCCCAGCCGCACAAGUGCCUCGUCUACCAGACGGAGUCCUUUCUGUCCAGGGAUCUGGAGGCUUUCACGGGCCUAGGGAUCGAGGUCGCACGCCGAGGGCUCACCGUGACAGGCGUACCGGUAGGCACCGUUUCGUUCGUGGAGCAGAGUCUCCCGGAUCGUCUCGAGAGGAUGGGGCGGGUGCUACCUUGGCUUCCAAGGUUGCGCCAGCCCCAGACAGCUGCCCGCCUCCUUUCGGCGUGUGUCAGCACUCGUCUGCAGUACCUAUCGAGGACCGUCCCUCCUUCGCCCGCAGUGAUCUCCAGUUUUACACGGUGGGACGCACGCCUGGGAGAGACAUUUCAGCAGCUUUUAGCUUCAGGGACCUGGGCUUGUCGCGAGGACGUCCGAGAGGCCGCCCUAGACCAGAUCUUCCUCCCCAUCCGUCUCGGGGGUUUCGGCAUUCGUCGCAUGGCGCGCAUUGCCCCGGUGAGCUUCGUGUGCUCCUGGGUGCAGUGUGCACCCAUUCUCUGUUCUCUCCCUGCGUGUGGCGAGGUGUUUCGGCAGAGCUUCGCUUCAGGUGAGCCAGAGCAGAUCGACCGGGCUCUGCAGACGGCGCUAGAGGGUCUCCCACCUGACGUUCUCUCUCUCCUUCCCCCCUGGCCCUCUUGCGCUUCUGCCUCCCCCGAUUCCCUUUUUGCAGGAGCGAGCCGUCUUCUGGAGGCGCAUGCCUUGGAGGCCGUGCGUGCCCGUCACGCCUCUCCCUUGCACCUUGCCCGUUUGACUUCCCUUCAGGGCGGAGGUGCAGGGGCGUGGUUGACGUCGGCGAUUGACGACAUGACGGUGCCUCAUCACGCGGUUCGGUGCCCGCGCUACGGGGUCGCCACUACCAUCCACGACACGGUGAAGUACAUGCUUCGAGACUUUGCGGUCGAGGCGGGCUUCGCGGUAAAGGUGGAGGACUCUACGCUGUUCACACAGUUGGAGGCGGCUCGAGCGAGACUACUGGGACAGCCAGUGGUGGGAGAGGGGACACGGGCUGAGGGACCGGGGGAGCGGAGAGGCGAGGCGGGACAGCCGGGUGGCGGGGGACAGUGGGGACGGCACCAGCUGCGGGGUCAGGUGGAGCGAGGGACAGGUGGGCAGAGGGGACGGCAGGGGGAGCAGACGGGCCAGGACGGGGAGGGGGGACGGCACAAGCAGCAGCACGAGAGCCAGUGGAGGCCGCGGGCCCAGGGCGCCGCGCCUCCAGGUUCGGCCUUGGGGGCGGGGCAGGGGCGGGAGCAGCAGAGAGCGGACGGAGGUACAGGAGGGGCAGCGGGAUUGGGAGGGGAGGGCCAGGGAGUGAGGGAGGCAGCAGGGGAUGGAGCAGGGGGGUCGGGAGGUUUGGGGGAGGGUAGAGAGGGGGAGGGGAGAGGACAGGUGGAUGGAGGAGAGGAGAGGGGGAGAGAGACGAUCGGAGAGGGGGCACCAAGGGACCAGACAGGGCAGCAGCCAGCGCAACAGCAGGGACCAGUCGGACGCACAGGCCGUGUAGGCACUGCCUCCCGCAUUCCAGAUCUCACCUGCCGCGACGUUGGCCAGGGUCUGAUGGUUCUUGUGGAUGUCUCCAUAGCGGAUCCACAGCGGGAGGGGAACGUGCAGCUGAGACGGGCGACCCCCACACAGAUUGGAGUGGCAGCAGCUAGGCGGGUGCAGGAGAAGCUGCGUCACUGGGGGCCGCACUUAGAGGGGCUGCAGCCGGCACCACACUUUUACGCGUGCGUGGCGGAGACCUUUGGCCUUCUGAGUGAGCCGCUGCGUCAUCACACCCCCUGCCCCCUCAUGCCAUCCGCUCCCCCCGCCCCUACCCUCCGCGUGCCCGCUCCCUUGCCGCCUCUUUUGACCCUCCCUGCCCCCCUCGCCGUUUCCCACCGCCCGCCAUUCGCUCCUCCCCGCCCGUGCGCUCCCCUCGCUUACCUUCUCCUCCCCCCUCCCCUCCUCUGCUGCACGCCUCUUCCUUCCCCUCGCCGACCCACUCCACUCCCUGCCCCUCCUCAAUCCGCACCCUGCCCCUCGUAUCUCGCCCCCCUAUGCUUGGUUUCUCCCCUCCCUGCCCCUCGCCGCCUUUCUCCGCCCCCCACCUCCCCCCUCUCCCUGCCCCCCCACUCUCCCCCCCUUGCCCUUGGCUUCCUACCUCCCUGCCCCACCUUUCCCCCCUCUGUGUGCUCAGCUUCUCCCCUCCCUGCCCCUCCCUCCUCCCCGCCCUGCCCCUCGUUUUCCUCCCCCCCACACCCGGUUUCUCCCCUCCCCGCGCCUCCCUUUCUUUCUCCGUGCCUCUCCUUUGCUCCCUCCCUGCCCCCGCCUGCCCAUGGUCCUAUCUUUGGCUUCUCCCCUCCCUGCCCCACGUUUCUUCCCUCCCUGCCCUCCCCCUCUGCCCCUCCCUUGUUUUCCCCUCACCCAUUGCUUCUCCCCUCCCUGCCCUUGUUUCCUACCAUCCAUGCCCCUCGUUUCCCCCCCUUUGUACGUUCAGCCUCUUCCCUCCCUGCCCCUCCCUUCCUCCCCCCCUGCCCUUUGCUCUCCCCUCGUUACGCUCCCUUCUCCCCAUCCCUGCUGCCCUCUUACCACCAUCAGCCCAUCCCCACCACCAGCCCCCCUCCCACCCUUCUCUCCCCCCCUCCCUUUCCCUCUCUCUCUUUCUCAUACACACACACGCACACUCCCCUCCCCCACCCCCCCACCCACAUCCUCCCAUUCUGCCCCUCCCUGCCCCUUUCCCACCCCCUCGCACGCCCCUCACCUCCCACCUCCGUGCAACUGGUUUCCCCCCUAUGGUGCCUCCCUUGCAUCGCUCGCCCCUCUGCUCACCCUCUGCCCGCCCCUUUUCCGUGCCCCCAGCUGGCCCAGCCCCUGCCCGUUGCUGCCCCUCCCCUUGCCCCCUCAACUCCCCUGCCCCCCGUACACCCCAGUCCCAUCCAACCGCCCCCACCCUCCCCCGGCUGCCCGUUUCCGCUCUCCACCCCUGCGACCGUGCGCGGCUUCCAACCGCCCAAGGGUGGUGCGCACGGGGCCCGUACUUCCCCCUCCAGCCUCCCUUUCCCCCCCAGCUACUUCCGCAUCCAGCCCACCUACCCCAGCCUCCCUCUACCUCUCCCUAACUCCACACCGCCGUUCCUACCCCCAGCCAAGGUCUACACCCCUUGCUUUUGCUCCCUGGGCUGUGCCUGUCCCCAACCUCCCUCCGCCUUUCCGCGGCACCAGACCGCCUCUCCCUCCCCCAGCCAACCUUUGCACCCCCUGUUCCUGCCCCUUGUGCCCUCCAACACCCUACCUCAACCCCCCCCAGUCUCCCCCUUCUCCAACACCCUCCAUAUUUCCUCCCCCCUGGGGCUCGCCCAUCCGCACGCCUCCUUUCGGUGCCCUCUCUGCCCUCCCACGUUCUCACCCCCCGCCUCCCAACCUUCUCAUUACCCGCUACCAGGCUCACGCCAACUCGACUACCCACUACCCUUUGCCCCUUCCUCUCUGUUCCCCACCCUUCCUUUCCCACUUGGCUCCACCUGCCCACCCCCACCUCCCGUGGAAUUCUGCCCUGCCCUCCCCACCUCCUGGCCCACCACCUGUCCCCACACCCUGCUCACCCACCGCUACAUCACCCCCGCCCCCCCACCUCCACUACAGCCCGCCAACACUUCCCCUCUCAACCGGCCCCCAGCCCGCCCCCCCCUUGGGCCCCAAUCCCCUCCAACUGGAGUUCCUUCCCCCUUUGACGCCCUCUUGAGCCAACUCCAGCAACUCACACCGCCACCGCCAGGCAUGCUGCCUCUAGCCAGGGGGGAACUUGCAGCUGACACUGCACGGGAAGGGGUAAGUGAGUUUGUGUGUGAAGGAGCAGCAGAGGCUGCAGAGGAUGGGGCAGCAAAGGCUGCACGGGAAGGGGCAAUGGGGGUUGUGGGGGAAGGGGCAGCAGAGGCUGCAGAGGAAAGGGCAGCAGAGGCUGCAAGGGAAGGGGCAGCAGCGGCUGCACGGGAAAGGGCGGCAGGGGCUGCACGGGAAGGGGCGGCAGGGACCGUGACUCUGGCCAGGCAAAGGGCAGAGGCCAUGGAGACAGGUUUUGCAGGAGUAGGGGCCACGGAACCUGCUGCUGUGUCGGCUGGGGGAACCGCAGCAGAGGAGGCUAUAGGGACCGCACCAGAGGGGGAUGUGAUAGCGAUAGAGGAGGAUGAGGGAGAGGAUGUGAUGCACAUUGACGGGCCACUGGCCCAAUACCUCACGCUUGACGGUGAGGCCGACCCGGCCCCCCUGCAGCCUCACGUCGAGAUUCCCCCUCUACCCCCCAUGCCCGUCCCCAUGCUAGCAGAAGGACCGAUGGAGGGGCUGGGGGAGACCUUGAGGACAGAGCCGCGCGAGGGAGCCCCCAUCCUCACCUCCCGUCCUCCAGCCCACCCACCCCCAGGAGCACCACUUCCCCACCCCCACCCUCAGGUCCCGGUAGUGUCCAGGGGGGCAGCCAAGGCCCUGGCCUUCUUGGCGGAGCCAGUGCUCCCCGACCCCCACGCUGCUCCAUGGCCAGCUCCCCCUCUCCGUCCCCAACGCCUGACCCCACGGUUGCAGGCGGUCCACCGGGAGAGCACGCGGGGGCUCCUUAGAGCACCACGUGGAGCAGCCAGGGCUCUGGUCUUCCUAGAGGAGCCAUGCUCCCCGACUCCUACCAACACCCAGCCACCCCCUACCGGCCCACUACCCCCUCCUCCACCAGGCCCCCCCCCACCCGGUAGUACACACAUCUCGGAGGUUGAAGCAUCUCUGCGGCCAAAUCCCUCUCCCACACGCUACAGGCACCCAAACCACCCGAGUCGCCGCACAGCCCCAACACGCCCACCCAACAGGCUGCCCUCCCCACACCACCCCCCCCAGGCAGCCGAGACCCACCCGCAAGGGCUUGCGCCCCAGGCUCAUGGGAGCGGCGGCACCCGGGUAGAGGGGCCCACAGGAGAGGCCACCACAGGGCCCACACAAAUCUCUCUCCCCCCACCGUUUGUACCUCGCUCUAACCUCCACACUGGCCCAGCCCCUCGACCCCCACCUCCAACCCCCUCUCCCGGCCGGGUUCCCCACGAGUGGCCCCGUUGGGCAGCCAUCACCCCCCACACACAGCUUGCCCGAUCUGUUCCCACGGAGGGGGAUGUUUCGAGGAGAGAGGGGAUGCACACAGAGCACCCCCCGCCUGGCGAACCACCCAUCCUCCCUCCACCCACCCCUUUGGCCCCACAGCCCCCCCUUCCUUCACAAACAGGCGCGGACAACCAGCCCGACCACCAAACCUACACUCCCGCCCCGCUCCUGCACCUCCACAGGGCCAUGGGAGCGGUACCAGCCCACUCACCCCCAUUCUGCCCCUCCCGUGCUGUGUCCCCCUCCCAGGUGGCGGCGGCCGCGAUCGCUACUGGGAGGGAGGCCGUCGGGUUGAGGGAUGCGCCCAUGGCAGACGCCACCGACUCCCCCUCCCAUCCCUCCCACCCCUUCCAUGUCGACGACCCCCUACCGCAACCCAUGGUGAUUGGGGAGGGCCAAGGGGGCCUUCUAGGGCAGGGUCCACACCCGAGCUCCGCUCAGCCAGCACGCCCCACUCCACCCUCUACCCUGCCAGCCCUCCUACUCUCACCUACAGGCAGGCAGGUCUUCGAGACCCCAGAGGAGGUGAGGGCUGGCAUUUCAGAUUUGCUGGCGAUACACCGCCCUGAGCAGCUCUCCGGCUGCCCCCACCCUUCCAGUCCCACAGGACCGGACCCGGACGUAUGCGGAGGUCACCCGACGGACCGGGUUCUGAGGCCGUGUCACUCGCACCUAGACGGGGUGGCGCCUCCCCCCGUUCAGCCCGUGGCGCAGGAGGUCACCAGCAGUAGGGAUGAGGCAUCCGCCCCUACCGAGACCCCUCCGCCUGGGGUAGCAGAGCCGUCACUUGAACCGCACCCCGCCGAGGGGCAGGAGCACACCACGGCACACACUUCAGGCUCACCUCCACGUCCCCCCUCCCCAGCUUCGACACCGGUACCGGCACGAGGCCCGGCCCUAUCCUGUGCGACACCACCUCUAUCUUCGCUGACACCCCCCCCGCGCGGGGCUGGUGAGUCGUCUCCUCCCCUCAUCCCAGGCGAUCCUCUCGGAGCUCAGGCCGCCCACGGGGUCCCCUCUACAGCCAGUUCCGACGCCACGGCCCCGAUUGACCCCGCCGACACGGCGACAUCACCCGACCAGGUCGUGAGUUGCCCCACCUGCAGGAGCUCUCUCGCGAACCGACGCGCGCUCCAGCACCACAUUCCCUUCUGCCAUCCUGCGGACGCGGCUCGCAGGGCGCAGGCUGCCCAUGAUACCGCCUCGAUCAUCCCUUCCCUCUCACAGCCCCGUGCGACCGGGAUGCAGUUCACCGACGCACAGUGGCAGACGCUCGACUCGGUGGACUGGACAGAGUACUUCUCGCCCGAGCGUAUCCAUACACGCCCUCUCCGACGUGUCCCGGAGAGGGUCCGCGGAGGAUAUCUUGACGUCCUCAGUGCGAUCCUAGUCCGCAUUGCCCAGGACCCGGAGGCUGCUGGCCCUACCUUCCUCCUCGCUGCAGCGCCGACUCUUUUCCUUGUUCCAGCGACGCCACCCGACCGCUCGCACACGGCUGCCAUUGCAGCGCGCAUCUCCCGCUUUGGUCGAGGUGAGUGGGCUGAGCUAGUCUCAGAUGCACUAGGCCGUCGCACACCCCUUCCUCGGCGCACAGGUCACCGGUCACGCACCGCCACCGAUCCCUCUACAGCAGAUGAGCGCCGCAUUGCACGUUGCCUUCGUCUGGCAGCGUGCAAUGAGACCUCACGGGCGGUGCGCGGCUCUCGAGUCCGCGGAGGCAGCCCCAGAUACACAGGGGACGAUACAGCGCCUGCAGUCGAAGCACCCCAACGCGGAGAGGCCGACCCCAGCUUGGCUGUCUGGCUUCCAGGGGUCCCCUCUUGUGCUCUCGGUGGAUCACUUACGCCGCGCGAUUUUCACAGCUCCGCGGGGCUCUUCGGGAGGACCGUCCGGAUGUUCCAGGCGCUGCAGGCCAGCCCGGAGUUUCAGUGUCUGAUCCCCUUCAUCGGCCUCUUCUACGGGACGCCCUCGGAUCUCCACUACAGGUCAGGCACGGGAGUGGUCACGAUGCACUCGGAGCGGGGCACUCGCCAGGGAGACCCUCUCAGCCCCUUCUUGUACGCUCUGACACAGCGUCUUGCUUUGGAGCCGGUUCUGGCGGAGGGGGAUGUCCAGCUCUGGUCGUACGCCGAUGACACGUACGUGCUAGGUCCCCCAGACAGGGUGCUGCACCACUUUGCCGAGAUCGUGAGGCGCUUGGGCGAGAUGGGCCUUGCAGCCCAGCCGCACAAGUGCCUCGUCUACCAGACGGAGUCCUUUCUGUCCAGGGAUCUGGAGGCUUUCACGGGCCUAGGGAUCGAGGUCGCACGCCGAGGGCUCACCGUGACAGGCGUACCGGUAGGCACCGUUUCGUUCGUGGAGCAGAGUCUCCCGGAUCGUCUCGAGAGGAUGGGGCGGGUGCUACCUUGGCUUCCGAGGUUGCGCCAGCCCCAGACAGCUGCCCGCCUUCUUUCGGCGUGUGUCAGCACUCGUCCGCAGUACCUGUCGAGGACCGUCCCUCCUUCGCCCGCAGUGAUCUCCAGUUUUACACGGUGGGACGCACGCCUGGGAGAGACAUUUUCAGCAGCUUUUAGCUUCAGGGACCUGGGCUUGUCGCGAGGACGUCCGAGAGGCCGCCCUAGACCAGAUCUUCCUCCCCAUCCGUCUCGGGGGUUUCGGCAUUCGUCGCAUGGCGCGCAUUGCCCCGGUGAGCCAGAGCAGAUCGACCGGGCUCUGCAGACGGCGCUAGAGGGUCUCCCACCUGACGUUCUCUCUCUCCUUCCCCCCUGGCCCUCUUGCGCUUCUGCCUCCCCCGAUUCCCUUUUUGCAGGAGCGAGCCGUCUUCUGGAGGCGCAUGCCUUGGAGGCCGUGCGUGCCCGUCACGCCUCUCCCUUGCACCUUGCCCGUUUGACUUCCCUUCAGGGCGGAGGUGCAGGGGCGUGGUUGACGUCGGUGCCGUACGCCGACCCACUGCGCAUCCCGGAGGCGCUGUGGCAGGCGGCUUCAUCUUCUCGUCUUGGUCUCCCUAUCCCCCAGUUAGCCCUUGCAGGUCAGUGCUCCUGCGGACAGGCGAUUGACGACAUGACGGUGCCUCAUCACGCGGUUCGGUGCCCGCGCUACGGGGUCGCCACUACCAUCCACGACACGGUGAAGUACAUGCUUCGAGACUUUGCGGUCGAGGCGGGCUUCGCGGUAAAGGUGGAGGACUCUACGCUGUUCACACAGUUGGAGGCGGCUCGAGCGAGACUACUGGGACAGCCAGUGGUGGGAGAGGGGACACGGGCUGAGGGACCGGGGGAGCGGAGAGGCGAGGCGGGACAGCCGGGUGGCGGGGGACAGUGGGGACGGCACCAGCUGCGGGGUCAGGUGGAGCGAGGGACAGGUGGGCAGAGGGGACGGCAGGGGGAGCAGACGGGCCAGGACGGGGAGGGGGGACGGCACAGGCAGCAGCAGGAGAGCCAGUGGAGGCCGCGAGCCCAGGGCGCCGCGCCUCCAGGUUCGGCCUCGGGGGCGGGGCAGGGGCUGGGAGCAGCAGAGAGCGGACGGAGGUACAGGAGGGGCAGCGGGAUUGGGAGGGGAGGGCCAGGGACGGAUCCACAGCGGGAGGGGAACGUGCAGCUGAGACGGGCGACCCCCACACAGAUUGGAGUGGCAGCAGCUAGGCGGGUGCAGGAGAAGCUGCGUCACUGGGGGCCGCACUUAGAGGGGCUGCAGCCGGCACCACACUUUUACGCGUGCGUGGCGGAGACCUUUGGCCUUCUGAGUGAGCCGCUGCGUCAGUUUCUGGGGCUCUGCGCAAAGAGGAUAGCACAGCGGAGGAGGGAUAGAGGUGGGGGGGAUGACGGAUCGGCACGGAUAUUUGAGGCAGGACUCACUACACGCCUCUCCGUUGCACUGCAGCGCGCGCAGGCUCAAUGCAUGAUCCAGCAUGCGGUGCGGCAGUUAGGGAGUCACACCCCCUGCCCCCUCAUGCCAUCCGCUCCCCCCGCCCCUACCCUCCGCGUGCCCGCUCCCUUGCCGCCUCUUUUGACCCUCCCUGCCCCCCUCGCCGUUUCCCACCGCCCGCCAUUCGCUCCUCCCCGCCCGUGCGCUCCCCUCGUUUACCUUCUCCUCCCCCCCUCCCCUCCUCUGCUGCACGCCUCUUCCUUCCCCUCGCCGACCCACUCCACUCCCUGCCCCUCCUCAAUCCGCACCCUGCCCCUCGUAUCUCGCCCCCCUAUGCUUGGUUUCUCCCCUCCCUGCCCCUCGCCGCCUUUCUCCCGCCCCCCACCUCCCCCCUCUCCCUGCCCCCCCCACCUCUCCCACCCUUGCCCUUGGCUUCCUACCUCCCUGCCCCACCUUUCCCCCCUCUGUGUGCUCAGCUUCUCCCCUCCCUGCCCCUCCCUCCUCCCCGCCCUGCCCCUCGUUUCCGCCCCCCCACAGCCCGGUUUCUCCCUCCCCGCGCCUCCCUUCUUUCUCCGUGCCUCUCCUCUUGCUCCCUCCCUGCCCCCGCCUGCCCAUGCCCCUGUCCUUGGCUUCUCCCCUCCCUGCCCCACGUUUAUUCCCUCCCUGCCCACCCCCCUCUGCCCUCCCUUGUUUUCCCCUCACCCAUUGCUUCUCCCCUCCCUGCCCUUGGUUUCCCGCACCCCUGCCCUUGUUUUCCUACCAUCCAUGCCCCUCGUUUCCCCCCCUUUGUACGUUCAGCCUCUUCCCUCCCUGCCCCUCCCUUCUCCCCCCCUGCCCUUUGCUCUCCCCUCGUUACGCUCCCUUCUCCCAUACCUGCUGCCCUCUUACCACCAUCAGCCCAUCCCCACCACCAGCCCCCCUCCCACCCUUCUCUCCCCCCCUCCCUUUCCCUCUCUCUCUUCUCACACACACACACGCACAUCUCCCCUCCCCCCACCCCCCACCCACAUCCUCCCAUUCUGCCCCUCCCUGCCCCCUUCCCACCCCCUCGCACGCCCCUCAACCUCCCACCUCCGUGCAACUGGUUUCCCCCCCCUAUGGUGCCUCCCUUGCAUCGCUCGCCCCUCUGCUCACCCUCUGCCCGCCCCUUUUCCGUGCCCUCAGCUUGGCCCAGCCCCUGCCCGUUGCUGCCCCUCCCCUUGCCCCCUCAACUCCCCUGCCCCCGUACACCCCAGUCCCAUCCAACGCCCCCACCCUCCCCCGGCUGCCCGUUUCCGCUCUCCACCCCCGCGACCCGUGCGCGGCUUCCAACCGCCCAACGGUGGUGCGCACGGGGCGUUUUCUUUCGCACGAGCAAGCCUCCCGGGGGCCCCCCCACCCCGCUGGGUCGUUGUUCGGCAAAAAACGAAAAUAGAAAAAUCGGACGCGCUGAAAUCGUCCUUUCUUUUUCCCCGCUUGCCCCUCCCCCGGCACGUGCCGAGCAAGGGGCAUAAAUGGGUACAACACGAGGACUUCCCGGGAGGUCACCCAGCCCAUCACACCCCCUGCCCCCUCAUGCCAUCCGCUCCCCCCGCCCCUACCCUCCGCGUGCCCGCUCCCUUGCCGCCUCUUUUGACCCCUCCUGCCCCCCGUCGCCGUUUCCCACCGCCCGCCAUUCGCUCCUCCCCGCCCGUGCGCUCCCCUCGUUUACCUUCUCCUCCCCCCCUCCCCUCCUCUGCUGCACGCCUCUUCCUUCCCCUCGCCGACCCACUCCACUCCCUGCCCCUCCUCAAUCCGCACCGCUGCCCCUCGUAUCUCGCUCCCCUAUGCUUGGUUUCUCCCCUCCCCUUGCGCGCCUCCUGA